CCUCGCUGCGUACGUGGGAGCGGGAGGCCGGGCGCCGCGGCGGGCAUGGGCGGCGGCGGCGGGGCGUGAGGCGGCCGCCGAGAUGUGGCUGAAGCCCGAGGAGGUGCUGCUGAAAAAUGCCCUUAAGCUGUGGGUGCUGGAGCGCUCCAACCAGUACUUCGUGCUGCAGAGGCGGCGGGGCUACGGCGAGGAGGGCGGAGGCGGGCUCGCAGGUCUUCUUGUGGGAACCCUAGAUGCAGUGUUGGAUUCUACAUCAAAAGUGGCCCCAUUUCGCAUCCUGCAUCAGACACCGGAUUCUCAAGUUUACUGGUCCAUUGCAUGUGGAACCAGCAGAGAAGAAAUAACAGAACACUGGGACUGGUUAGAACACAAUGUUAUGAAGACUUUAUCUGUAUUUGAUUCAAAUGAAGAUAUUACGAGCUUUGUCCAAGGAAAGAUAAGAGGUUUGAUUGCUGAAGAGGGGAAAGGUUCUUUUGUAAAAGAAGAAGAUCCUGAGAAGUUUCGUGAGGGUCUUAUGAAAUUUGAAAAGUGUUUUGGAUUACCUGAGCAAGAGAAGUUGGUUACUUAUUACUCGUGCAGUUACUGGAGGGGCAGAGUGCCUUGCCAAGGAUGGCUUUAUCUUAGUACCAACUUUCUUAGCUUUUACUCAUUUUUGUUGGGAGCAGAAAUAAAACUAAUUAUCUCCUGGGAUGAAAUAUCAAAACUUGAGAAGACUUCGAAUGUGAUCCUGACAGAGAGCAUUCAUGUGUGUUCCCGUGGGGAAGAUCACUACUUUUCCAUGUUUUUGCACAUUAAUGAAACGUUUCUUCUCAUGGAGCAGCUGGCAAGCUAUGCUGUUAGGAGGCUUUUUGACAAAGAGACAUUUGAAAAUGACCUAGUCCUUCAUGACCCUCUGCAGAUCACCAAGAGAGGCCUGGAGAGUCGUGCCCACAGUGAGCAGUUUAGUGCAUUCUUCAGGCUACCCAAAGAAGAGACUUUGAAGGAAGUUCAUGAGUGCUUCUUAUGGAUUCCUUUCAGUCAUUUCAACGCCCAUGGGAAAAUGUGCAUUUCAGAAAACUAUAUCUGCUUUGCUAGCCAGGAUGGCAGCUUGUGCAGUGUAAUCAUUCCGUUAAGAGAGGUUGUAGGAGUGGAUAAGGCAGAUCCAGCCAACAGGGGAGUCAGCAUUAGUACCAAAGGAAAAACAGCUUUUCGUUUCACUGAGGUUAGAGAUUUUGAACAGCUUGUGGCAAAACUCAGGAUCAAAUGUGGUGCAGCUUCAAGUCCACAGCACAUCAUAAAUACAGAGGUUGCAGCUUUUUCUGACUCUGACACUCCAAAGGAUUUUGAUGAAGGACACUCAAAAAUGGGUCAGAGGGAUAACAGCAAAACUGUCAGUACAGAAGCCCUGAUGACAGUCUACCAUCCUCAGGAUGCUGAGAAUCUAGACUCUAAAAUGUUGAAAGAAAAAAUGAAAGAGCAGUCCUGGAACAUCCUCUUUGUUGAACGUGGACAUGGUGUCAGUAUGUUUCGGACAAAAAAGACUCGAGAUCUUGUUGUAAGAGGGAUUCCAGAGACCUUAAGAGGAGAACUCUGGCUGCUCUUCUCAGGUGCUGUAAAUGAUAUGGCAUCCAACCCUGGUUAUUACACUGAGUUGGUGGAAAAGUCCUUAGGAACAUGCACUUUAGCUACUGAUGAAAUUGAACGAGAUUUGCGUCGCUCCUUACCAGAGCAUCCUGCUUUUCAAAGUGACACAGGAAUUUCUGCACUCAGGAGAGUCCUUACAGCUUAUGCAUACAGGAAUCCCCAAAUUGGAUAUUGUCAGGCAAUGAAUAUUUUGACAUCAGUACUUCUGCUGUAUGCCAAAGAGGAGGAAGCAUUCUGGCUGUUGGUUGUGGUCUGUGAAAGAAUGCUACCUGAUUAUUUCAAUCGUCGAAUUAUUGGUGCCUUGGUAGAUCAGGCAGUGUUUGAGGAGCUCAUCAGGGUUCAUCUGCCUCAGUUGACAGAUCACAUGUCGGACAUGACUUUUUUCUCCUCGGUCUCUCUCUCCUGGUUCCUUACCCUUUUUAUCAGUGUGCUGCCUAUUGAAAGUGCAGUCAAUGUGGUGGACUGUUUCUUCUAUGAUGGAAUAAAGGCAAUCUUGCAGCUCGGCCUCACAGUGCUGGACUACAAUAUUGAAAAGUUGCUGACAUGUAAGGAUGAUGCAGAAGCAGUGACUGUUCUCAACAGGUUUUUUGACAGUGUCACCAACAAAGACAGUCCCUUGCCUCCCACUGUGCAGCAGGGCUCCAACCUCAGCAAUACGAAGAGUGACCACCCAAAAGUGGACAUUACCGAUUUGAUCCGAGAGUCAAAUGAAAGAUAUGGCGAUAUUCGAUACGAGGAUGUUGAGAGCAUGCGCUGCAGGAACAGGCUUUAUGUUAUCCAGACACUAGAAGCUACAACUAAGCAGAAUGUGCUACGUGUUGUGUCCCAAGAUGUAAAAUUCAGUCCUAAUGACCUUGAAGAACUUUAUGAAUUAUUCAAGAAGGAGCACUUUCUUUCCUGUUAUUGGAAUGUAAAUAGUCCUGUCUUGCGACACCAUGAUGCCAGUCUGCCAUAUCUUGACCAGUAUCGGAUUGAUUGCCAACAAUUCAGGGUUCUCUGUAAUCUCCUGAGCCCGUGGUCACAUUGUGCAAACAGAGACUCACUUGCACUGUGGACAUUCAGACUUAUGGAUGAGAACUCUGAUUGCCUUAUAAACUUCAAACAAUUUGCCUGUGUUCUUGAUAUCAUGUAUAAUGGAAGUUUCACUGAGAAACUCAAGCUGCUUUUUAAGUUACACAUCCCUCCAGCUUUUACUGAAGUAGAAUCUCUAAGCCCUUCCAAAGGUGAUGAUCUUUCAAAAGAAGAACUGAUCCACUUCAGCCAGCUCAGUGUUGCCUCUGCUGCAGAUAGUCUUGAAAGUGAUGCUUUGAAGAGCAGCCCAGGAAAAGUAGGGAAGGGGAAGGUUGAUAUUCAAGCAUACCUGAAGCAGUGGCAAGAUGAACUUAUUAAAAAAGAAGAGAAUAUUAAGGAUCUGCCGAGGAUGAAUCAGUCACAGUUCAUCCAGUUCUCCAAAACCCUGUACAAUCUGUUCCAUGGGGACCCUGAGGAGGAGCUGUUAUAUCGGGCUAUAGCAGUAGUUACCAGCCUCCUUUUGAAAAUGGAAGAAGUUGGCAGAAGACUGCAGAGUCCAAUGUCACCAGUCAAAAGUCCAGCUGCUGUUAUGGAGUUGCCUGCUGAAGUCUCAAACAAAGGGCAGAAGGAAAGCAGCUCUGAGCAGGCUGAAGGCAGUAGAGCACAGACUUCGAGCGAGGACCACGGGUGGUCUUUUGCCUUUGAACAGAUUCUGGCAUCCUUACUAAAUGAGCCAGCCUUUGUGAGAUUUUUUGAGAAACCGCAUAAGAUAAAAGCUAAAAUAGAGAGUGCUAAAAUGUUACAACUAAAAGCAAGAAGCAGAGUAUAAUUUUCUUCACUUUUGCACUCUGGGGCAGAGUGUAAGUGCACUCUGCGCUUGCAAAAAGAUUUCUACUAUGGAAAUUGAGUGUGGAGUUUACAUAGGAAAUGGGAUUGGAAGAGUUAGCUUUAAAUAUCAGAUACCAGUAUGCUUUUAUGUAAAUAAAAAUAGUUUCAAGCACAAUCACUUUCUUGCAUUGUUCAUAAGUUUCAGUCCAAAAAGGACUGAAGAAUAAACUAUUUUUACCAUGUUACUAAAAUAUGCAACAUUGCUAGGAAAUACUAGGUGUGAUCUAUGAAUGGCACUUUGACAAACCUUUCUGAAUGACAGCUGUUAACACUGUAUGCUCUCCAGACUCAUUUCUGUUAUUGCAAUGAAUGUAACGAUUUCCAUCCACUUUUACUUAAAAUGAAUAGCGACAGCUAGGAGAUUGAUUUCCAGAUUAGUUUAAAUAGUUAUUUCUAAACCUGCAUGUGGACUAGUGACAAAGCAGAGUAAAGACUAUAAUUAGAGGCUUUGAAAUGGUGUCUGUAUUGGCUACAAGAGCAUAUGGUUAGAAAAGAAAGUUGCUGGGCUCUCAAUUCCCUUGCUCUGAUGUUGCUGAUGGGAGUGGACUGUUGCAGAUCCCAGCAGUCUUUCCUUACUGGCAGUUCAUGGACUGCAUCCUCCCAGCCCACAUCUCUCUCUCUUUUUUUUUUUUUUUUUCCCAACGUGGCCCUUAGCUAGUACCCUUUACAGCUAGUUUCUUACUUUUCUAGCUAGAUACGAGAUACUCUUUCCCAUUUACGUACCCAUCCUCUUAAAAUACAUGUGAAAGGGGUGAAAGUCACUUGGCAUGUGUAUGCCAAGACCGGUGUACAUAGUUGAAAUCAAGGGAAAGCAGUGACUAAAUCUUUCUUGCUGUCUCACUGCACAGUGAUUGUUAUUUGUCUUGCAAGAGGAGCCAUUGUUGGCUUCUCAGGAGCAUGAUAAAAAGUAUGAUUUUUGUUGUAUGGUUUUGUUAGUGUUUACAUAACAGAAGGAUAGAAUAGUUCAGAAUAGUUGCUCCUUUUUCUGCUCUUGAGUCCACACCUCAAUCUUGUAAUUAUUCCUUGUUUUCUAUAGCUCUCUGGAUCAUUGCUGCUGUUAUAUUUUUGUAUCUGCCUGGAUUAAUGGCAACAACAAAAUUUGGAAUCUGAAUUGGAAUUUUUAAUAUAUAUAAAAUGAUAUGGUGAAAAACCUGUGAAGGCAAGCUUGAGCGGUUUUAAUGCUGAUAAGCGUUGACCUUAGGUAGCUUGUGCUAGAAUGGGUUUUUAGAGAAAGAGGAAAGUGCUUGUAUUUUUAUAACAAAAAAAAAAAAAAAAAAAGGAAAAAAAGACAUCUCUCUGUUGACCUUAAAAUGGGUUAAAAAUGGGUUUCUAAAGACUAUAUGACAAUCUUUCUCUGUAAAACAGCAUUAUUUUUAUAAGUUGUAUUUUUUUUAAGAAGUGGAAUGGGGAUAGGGUUACUCAGUGUUGGAUGCCUUUUUUGCAAUACUAAAGUGAAUGAGGAAUAUAAUUAAAAUCCCACUUGUUUUAUAAGCAGUUGUUGAAAUGCCAUCAUUGCAAUGGGUACUAAAGUUCCAAUGCUGCUUCUAAAGAAGUUUUGAUCAAGAGUAGUGAAUGUAUGAAUUAUUUUCCACCCUCCUGCCCCAUGCUCUCAGGAAUUAAUGUAAAAUAAGGUUUUAUUGAACAAAGAGUAAUUUCAAAAACUAUAUCAUUAAUUUGAGAAAUGAGGCAGCUUUCUUCAGAAGCCUUCAUAAAGUAAUCACAUUUGAUAAGUCUGCUUUGUAUAUUUAUCCAUAAAAUACACAAAUUAUCCAUUCAGAUGUAUUUUUCUGAGGCAAAUUAGGGCACCACUGUAGUAGAUUUUGAAAACAGCGAGUAAAUACAGUUACAAUAUUAUUUUAAAAAUACAAAGCAGAUGAACUGAUGUUCUCAUCCAGGACUUAAUUAGAUAAGAUUUGCUCAGUGAGUAAUUCUUAUGCAAAGCAAUCAUGCUGAAAUUAAUGUAGUCCCUUGAAAAUAGAUGCAGCUACUCAUACAAAAUGCUUUUGUAGAAUCAUUGUGGAUACUUAAUUUCAAGAUGUACUCAAAGAUCUGUAGUAUUUACUAAGCAAUGCAUCAUAGAGACAUGAAAUCGGUGAAACUCAAUGACUUUUUUGGUGGAGAACCAGGAUGUUUGGAAAAACACAGUUUUAUGCAGGUUAAAAUAAAAAUAUAAAAGCUAUACUGAAGGAACUUGCGAAAUACAAAGCCUUGUGAUAUUACAUGGUUUGGUUAUGCAAAACUGAAUACUCUUUUAAAAACGUUAGUUUUCAUUAAUGUCAAUCCGAGAGACUGUAGAACCAUUACCAGUUAUAUAGCAGCUUUUGUCCAUAAAGCAGUUAAAUCUGUUUGUAAACAGAGAAUUACCAGCAUAUAUAUACUUUAAAAAAAAAAUACAUUUAAAGUAAAAUGCUUGGAUGUUUAGGGGAAUACUAAUGUUUAUUAGCUGCAUGGAUUUUCUAUUCAACUUCUUUAUAUCUUUUACCCUCAAAAUGUAAUAUCUAUUUAAAUCCUUCCCGUCACAUAUCUACAGGUUGAUCCACCAAGAUUAGUCAGAGUGGCCAUGUGUCCAGCCCCAGCAGGGCAGAGGUUGGAAGAAGGUUGCUUUCAGCAGACUGGCACGACUUGAGUGACUGCCUAAAUGGCAAGUUCUUGCUCCUUUGAGCUCAUGGAUUGUGGGAAGAUCUUGAUGUAGUAAAUCCAGGCUGGAGCCAAGGACUGUGACCUGCAGGUGUGUUUGCUGGGCUGCUGCCCUGGUUUGUCAUAACAUACUGAAGUUGAGGAACACUCUUACUUUGCAUGGGGCAGAAUAACUCCAAAACUAGUGUUAGCUCACUUUCCUACCCUUCCUGUGGUGCAGAUAGCCUGGCUAACAAAUACAUGCAGGCUCAGUUGGGAAGGAGGAGGCUAAAGCAAUAGAAGCUCUUUCCCUGUCUUCAGCCCCAAAGGGGGAUUCCUCGACUUUAUCACUCUUCUUUCUAGCCUUGCAGAGGCGGGGCAGAGCUCUCCAUGCCUUAUGGCUGUCUGAAGUUCUUGGUGAUGCAAAGAUGAACCCAGAUUCACAUCCUGUUGCAUGAGGACACUGGGUGAGCACAUGUCUCUUGCAAGAGGUCAGCUGCCGCAUGUAGCUUGGUAGCUACUGCAUUAAGCAGAAGUGCCAGGAAGAGUUUGGGCAGCUGCAGGAUGUCUAACUCAGAGUUACUCAGCUCCUUCUUAAGGAGGGACUUUCCACUGAUAUUGUAACUUGAAGAUUUUAGAAGUGUUUUGGGAAUUUGAGAGGGCUCAUUCCUCAAUAGGAAGCAGUGUGCUUAAAUGAGUAUUGAUGUAUCAUUUCACAUAUUUAUGUUACUUCUUUCUGUAACAAAAAAAAAGCUGGUUUGAAGUGUAGGAGGGCAUGCUGAAUGGAGUGAGGAAGUUGGGAGGAAUUUUUUGACAAAAGAAUUUCUUCUGCAAACCAAAAAAUAGAGGACAAAGUUUUCAUAAAGUUAUUUGGCUUUUUUGCAGAGGGUUCAGUCAUAGGAAAUAAAUAAAUGUAUAUCAUCAGUACAAAACCAACAGUUACAGCUAGGGUACAGAUUGCUGACAGUAGUGGUAUGCUGUUUAUACAGUUUUCAAAUUGAACUACCCGCUGCAGUGGUGCCAGUGUGACUGGGCAGCUAUGCCAUGGCUGUGUUGUCCUCCAAAAUUUCAUGUGGCUGUUGGUGUAAACUAUACAGUCUUCUCUUAUGACUGGGCCAUUAUUAUUGUUAUAUAUGCACAUAAAAUGUGUUUUUUUUCAACCCAAUUAUUAGCCCAUGGGAAUGGCCAGCAGAGCUGGUAAACAUGUUCCCUCAUGCUUGCAAUCCAGAAAGCGCUGCUCAGAGGGACUGUCAGUGUUCCCCAUGCUCUGCUGGAUGGUGGCAGCACUGACCGUCAUCAGGAGCUGGCUGCUGACUCCCUUUCUCUGACCCGUUCAGGGGUGUCUCUAUGGGGUCAUGCCAAAGGGCCUGAACACGCAACGUGAGGGAAUAGCUCAAAUGACAACGAAAAAACAAGCCCUUUCCACCAUGGAGAGAGCACUUUCAAUCAGAAGCAUUUCCUGGGCCUUGGAAAUGAUGUCUGCCGUGUGGUUCAGCAAAAGCACUGUUUCGAUCUGUUCCUAAGACAAGCCACUUGCUCAUCGCUCUAAUGGCUGCAUAAAAACGUACAAAAUUUUUUAGAGGGGUUUGCUAUGUGUUGAUUCAAUUAAAAGUUUCUCCUCCAGUUGUACUAUACAAAAUUCUUGUGUAUGAUUGCAGUUUUUAUCUGGAUUAAAACAAAAUGAAAUAUUCCAAUUUAUUUCCAGAAAAAUCAGAUAUUUUGUCUUUUUUUGCUGGUGUUGUCACUUUACCAAGAAGACAACACAUUUGUGUUGGCAGAUUGGCUUUUAAAUACAAAGUAUUGUAUGCAGUUAAAUACUUUAAAAUAAAUGAGGUGUUAAAUAAUUUUUUUUUCACUUAAGAAAAAAAAUCCAAUUGAGGCACUAUUCUUUAUGAUGGGAUUUUUCAAAAAUCCUUUCAAAAGUAUUGGUCAUAUUAAAGCCACUUUUAGUCAGUCCUUUCCAAAGCAAGGUCCAAGCCAUUUAAAAACAUUCCAGGACUUCAAUCUCCCCCAAAGCGGAGGGGAAAUGAAAUAAAAGAGGAGACCCAGAUUUUGAUGCAUGGGACUAACUCAGCCUUGCAUACAACCUGAUUCAGGUGUUGGAAUGGCAGGUAAACUAGCCCAGGAAAAAUAGCAUAACUCAAUCUGUUUUUUGUAACCCAAGUUAAAACAUUUGUAGUGUGCAGAUACUACCUCUGAUGCCUUGUUCUUCCUAAUCUGAGAGUUCCCCCUGUUGUUUCUGGUGCUGGCUAUGGAAAUCCCAGUCUCACUCGUGAGCCUCCCCCCCAUCCUGUCCUCUCUUUCUUCCUAUGCAUUUAUGUGAGAUGACUGCUGCUUUUGUACCUCCUAGAGAGCCAGGAGCAGAUUCUGAUCCCCAGACUGACUCACACAGCCUAGCAAAAAGCACUACAGAGCGUGUUAGAGUUCUUAUAAGUAUGCUUUUAUUUUUAUUUAUUUUAUUUUAUUUUUUUUGAAAAUACUAUGUACAAUCUGUUUAAAGCUUGUCAAAAUGCACAGGCUCCCAUCCAAUGGAGCUAUGCAGGAACAUAGAUUCAAGACAAUAAAAUCUUAACUGUUCAUCUUCAUAAGACACUUCCUUUUUCCCAUUACAAAAUACUUUUAAGAAUAGUAACAUUUAUAAAUGUAUCUAUAUUUGACUUCAUAUAAAAUAAACCAAGAUUCAUAGACAAUU